AUGCCAAGUCGCAGCACGCAGAGCACCACCAAGAAAACAGCCAAAACAUCACGCUACUUUACUCGUCAGACGAAGAAAACUAGUCCAAAGUCGGAUACGGGCUUGCACUUGAACUUGAACUUGAACGUGAGAAGUGAAGAUGGUGUCAAGACCUAUGCAGAUGAGACUGGAGCAGGACAGGAAGAAGGAGAAAUAGAUAGUGAUGACUUGGCUAAGGGGAGAGGGAGUAUAGAUGUGCAUCAUACUAGUACUUCUUUCUCUGUGGAAGACCUGCAACAUGCAACUGGCCGAGUUAUAAAGGGGGUUCAAGGUGGUGAGCAUGAUGCAGUUCCUGCUGUGCAAGCCUCGCUUGAGACUUGUGAUGCUCAAGAUGGCAUCAGUCGACACGACAUGAAUACCAGAGCACGACGACCAAACACAGAGCCACCGACAUCACCACAAAAGGAACAACAGAAAAAACAGAAACCACAAAAACCAAAGCAUUCCUCCCCGCGAAAACAACCACCAAAACUAUCUCCUUACUUCCCCAAACCCCUCCCCCUAAUCGAAGCAUCCUGUCUCCCCUUCCCGCCCAUCUCAGCACCCAGCUUCGGCCUAAUCCAAGAACAACUCGCCUCUUCCCCCUUCAAACUCCUUAUAGCCACCAUAUUCCUCAACCGCACGCGAGGCCCAGUAGCAAUCCCAGUGCUUUUCAAACUCUUCGCCCAGUACCCGACCAUCCCGAAAAUGGCAUGCGCCAACCACGAAGAUAUAGUAAACAUAAUCCGGGGUCUGGGGUUUCAGAACCAACGAGCGACCAAAUUCAUUGCCAUUGCGCAAACGUGGCUGAAAUGUCCGCCGGCGAAGGGGAGGCGGUAUCGAAAAUUGAAUUAUCCCUGUAAAAGGGAUGGCGCGAAUGUUGGGCCUGAUGAAGUUGUGUCUGAUGAGGAUGAGGGUGAGGGCGAUCAGAGAGUUGCAUGGGAGAUUGCGCAUUUGCCUGGUGUUGGGGCAUAUGCGAUUGAUUCAUGGCGUAUAUUCUGUCGGGAUCGGCUUCGGUACUCUUCUUGCUAUGAUGAGGGCGGACGAGAGGAAGGGAAUAUGAGUACUUCUUCUAGCAACGUCUACGAGCCGGAAUGGAAACGCGUUCUUCCUCAGGACAAAGAACUGCGAGCAUAUCUCAGCUGGAUGUGGCUCAAAGAGGGAUGGGUAUGGAACUGCGAGAACGGGCAACGAACGAAAGCGAAUUCGGAAAUGAUGCAGAGGGCGGAAAAAGGUGGUGUAGCCUUUGAAGGUGUGGAUGGGCAUUUGGUCCUGAUGAAUAUGAUGACGGCGAAGGAAGAAGAAGAAGAAGAAGAAGAAGAAGAAGAAGGGAAAGGAUGGAUUAAGAGGGCUGGGUUUAGUUUGGAUUGUUCGUGA